AUAAAGCCCUUCUUCUGCACGCUACCCAGCCUGUGACGUCGCUCCCAUGGCAACCGAAGAGCCUGCUUGCCCGGGCCCACCUCGGAGUUUGCGGUCUAAUUUCUAAGCUGGGCCCGACACGGAGCUGGGACCCCGGGCCUGCAGAGCCACUAUGCCCAGUGAAACGCUCUGGGAAAUUGCAAAAGCUGAAGUGGGAAAACGGGAAAGUAACGGAAGUGAAGGUGAUGGAGCUGAAAUUGGAGAAAAAUCCGUUUUCUUCAUUGGCAGUAAAAAUGGGGGCAAGACUACUAUUAUUCUAAGAUCUCUUGACAGGGAUGAGCCACCAAAACCAACCUUAGCCUUGGAAUAUACAUAUGGAAGAAAAGCUAAAGGGCAUAACACACCAAAAGAUAUUGCUCACUUUUGGGAACUAGGUGGAGGAACCUCUUUAUUGGACUUAAUCAGCAUACCAAUCACAAGUGACGCCUUAAGGACAUUUUCUAUUGUUCUUGUUUUGGAUCUUUCAAAGCCUAAUGACCUUUGGCCCACCAUGGAAAAUCUGUUGCAAGCCACAAAAAGCCAUGUAGAUAAAGUGAUAAUGAAACUGGGAAAGACAGAUUCUACAGCAGCUUCUGAAAUGAGACAGAAGAUACGGAGUAACAUGCAGAAGGACCAUCCAGAUCGUGAAUUAAUUGACCCAUUUCCAAUACCUCUGGUCAUAAUUGGAAGUAAAUAUGAUAUUUUUCAGGAUUUUGACUCUGAGAAGAGAAAGGUAAUAUGCAAGACACUUCGAUUUGUUGCACAUUAUUAUGGAGCAUCAUUAAUGUUUACAAGUAAAUCAGAAGCUCUAUUACUAAAAAUACGUGGAGUUAUCAAUCAGUUAGCAUUUGGUAUUGGCAAAAGCAAAUCAAUAUGUGUGGAUCAGAAUAAACCACUGUUUAUCACAGCAGGAUUGGAUUCUUUAAGUAAUAUAGGGUCUCCUCCUGUUCCUGAUAAUGACAUUGGGAAGUUUCAUGCCCGUUCGCCAAUGGAGUUGUGGAAAAAAGUGUAUGAAAAGCUCUUUCCACCAAAGAGUAUCGACACACUAAAAGAUAUCAAGGACCCUGCAAAAGACCCCCAGUAUGCUGAAAGUGAAGUUGAUGAAAUGAGAAUUCAGAAGGAUCAGGAACUGGAACAGUACAAAAAAAGUUCUUCCAAGUCUUGGAAACAAAUUGAGCUGGAUUCUUGAACCUAACUCAGCUACAGUGUAUUUAUUUCCCAAAUACUGGUACAAGUAAGAUUAUUUUAUUGAUAUUAGCUCAUUAAUGAAUUCAUUCUUGUGUUAAUAAAUCCUAUAUAAUAAGAGUAGAA